AUGAUUCCAGUUAAAGCAGAAGCUCCAGAAACCAUCUUGAUGAAAGAGAUAGCGCAAUUAUUACAAGAGUGUCAGGCAUUGGUUUUGUUACGUCAACAAGCUGUUUUAUCAAAUCCAUCAGAUUUAAAUAACCAAAAUCAAAUUGUAUUCUUACAAAAGCUUGGUGAAAUAGUUCAGCAAAAACCGAUUUCAAGUGAAGAAAUUCAGAAAAUCAGGCAGUACCUUGGUGUCAAUGAUGUAACAAUCAAUUUCAACGUUGCUAAUUUUAUUCAUAAUAAUAUUGCAUCAGCACCUAGAACAGUAUCUACAACUUUACCCACUGCCACAGCAAUUAAUAAUAUCAUUCCUCAACAUUUGUCAAUGCCUUCGCAACCACGACCAAAUACUGUUGUUACUUCAAUGCCACAGCCUCACCAAAUUCUUCAACAGCCAAAUCCAUUACUAACUGUCCCCAUUAUUCCAAUCAUUACUUCCAACAAAAUUAUAUCUGCCACUGUUGUUUCACCAUCAGCGAUAACAAUGUCCAAACAUGAAGGUGCAAUUUCAAUUCUUUAUGAUGCAUUUCCAUCUCAAUGUGGAGUUAGGUUUUCUAAAGAUUCAAAAGAAGAAGAUAAAGAAAAAUUUGGUAAGCAUUUAGAUUGGCAUUUUAGGCAAAAUCGCAAGGUGAAAAAGAAGGCCAAAAAUGCACAAAGUAGAAAUUGGUUUGUUACCGAAGAG